GAGUGAGUGAGUGUGUGAGUGAGGGAGACAGACACACAGAGGGAGAUUAACAGUGAGCGCGCAGCUCGUUCCCGGCCCCGUGUCGUCCAUCCAUCCCCGGGGAGAGUGAACAUGACGGCCCGGUCUGUGCGAUCCAUCUCCGGAGCUCUGAAACUCGUCUUCAGCAGCCGGUUAACCAGGGUUUAUGGUGCAGCUGCAUGUCAUCAGAGACACAAGUCCACUUACACUACUAUACCUCCACCAGCACAGUAUGGAGGCAGACACACUGUGACUCUGAUUCCUGGAGAUGGAAUCGGACCAGAGCUGGCUCACCACGUGUGUGAACUAUUCCGGUUCUGCUGCGUGCCAGUGGACUUUGAGGUUGUCAAUGUGGACUCAUCUAUGGCGUCAGAAGAUGACAUCAAUAACGCCAUCAUGGCCAUCAGGCGCAAUGGAGUUGCACUCAAAGGUAACAUUGAGACGAACCACAACCUGCCACCAUCGUACAAGUCCAGAAACAACCUGCUCCGCACUACUCUGGAUCUCUAUGCCAACGUGAUGCACUGCCAGUCUCUACCAGGAGUGAGGACACGCCACAGAAACGUUGACAUCAUGAUCAUCAGGGAGAACACAGAGGGAGAGUACAGCAGCCUGGAGCACGAGAAUGUACCGGGCGUUGUUGAAUGUCUGAAGAUCAUCACCAAGACCAAAUCUUUACGCAUCGCUGACUACGCAUUCAGGACUGCUCGGGCCAAAGGACGCAGACGAGUCACUGCCGUACACAAAGCUAACAUCAUGAAGUUGGCGGACGGCCUCUUCCUGGAGUGCUGUAAGGAGGUUGCCAGCGGUUACCCUGAAAUCACCUUUGACAGUAUGAUUGUGGACAACACCACCAUGCAGUUGGUUUCUAGGCCCCAGCAGUUCGAUGUGAUGGUCAUGCCCAACCUGUAUGGCAACGUCGUGAGCAAUGUGUGUGCCGGGCUGGUUGGGGGACCGGGACUGGUGCCGGGAGCCAACUACGGAGAGGACUACGCCGUGUUUGAGACGGGCACCAGGAACACAGGGAAGAGCAUUGCUAACCGCAACACAGCAAACCCCACAGCCAUGCUGCUGGCCUCUUGCCUGCUGCUGGAUCACCUGAAGCUCCACGCCUACGCCAGCAUGAUCCGCAGAGCCAUACUCUCCACCGUAACUGAGACUCGGCUGCACACUGCUGACCUGGGAGGCCAAGGCUCCACCUCUGAAGUGGUGCAGUCCAUCAUGAAGGCUGUUCAGAGCACCGGGCCACGGACACUGAGCAUCUAGAACAAACACACAUCGGUGCAGCAGUGAUGUGUACAUUAGUGUGCCUCUCUCCAGUAGGUCUUCUAUGCAAUUUCAUAAUAAUAGUUGUUUAAUAGUCAUACUUAAAUGAAACUGUACACACAGUCUAUGCAGCUGUUUUUAUCUUAAGAGUUUCCUCACCUCCUGAUAGUUUUUUUUAAAGUUGUUUGAGCGUUUACAUCUGAACAAUUCCUGAACUGACUACCGUACUGUUUACUGUGUGAAAUAUUACAACACAAUACUACCUAACA